GACGUCACCGCGAAUGGAUGGAUAGUAGCAGGGAAACAUUUUUCUCGUGAUUUCUCUUCUAAUUUCGUGAUCGCCGCCAAAUCGAACUGACAGCAAACACCCGCCUGACAACAGCUGACAACAACUGACAACGCACCUCCUGCCAGCGAUUCCCUCCGCCCCUUCACGCCCCUCCCCGCGCCCUCCUUCGCCAUGUCACACAGCGAGAGCCACAACCACGCGUCGGCAGAGGUGGCAUGGCCUUCGGCAGGGGACCUCUGUCAGGUUCUCGAUGACGUCAUGCAGAAGAUGCAGGAGUUCGGUCAGGAUAUCGAUACGAUGAGAGUGAAUUGCGCUCACAUGGCCGUUGACUUAGCCACACUCCACGACCCCCAGACUUACGAGGCUCUAUCACGGUGCCAAGCGGAGAUGGCACUCUGUCAGAAGGAGAUCAUACAGUGUCAGAAAACAAUGGCACAGUGCGACGAGGAUAUGGCACCGUGUGAGGAAGAAGCGAGGAAGUAUAUCGCAGCGGUGCAGUGCCAGCAGAGAAUAGAACGAUGCCAGAAGGUGAUAGCACAGUGCCAGCGAGAAAUGGCACGGCACAAGAACACCUUGAGCGAUGGGACUCCGACAGGAAGCGCGUCUCAGGAUGUCUCCUCUCCUCAGGUGCCUCUUUCGCUUUCUCCUUCUGUUCCUCAGCCUCUUCCUUCACUUUCUCCUUCUGGUUCUCAGCCUCUUCCUUCGCUUUCUCCUUCUGUUGAUGAAAAUCAGGGAAACACUUAUAGAAGGGAUGUGAAAUAUCAGUUACAAUCUUGUAUAAGUCUGAAAGAGCCCUAA